CACAUGAAAACACGAUGAAGAAACUACCACCUCUGUAUAAUAUAAUCAUAAUUAUAAUCAUAAAUGUAUCAACUAUAGUAACUGCAGCUGAAGAUGUGACCAGGCAUCAUGAGUAUCUAGACGAAGACGAGAAGUUUGUCUUGUUGUGGUCGUACGACGAAGACGAGAUCGAGUUCGAGACUCAAGUACAAACCAGAGGGUGGCUGGGCCUGGGCCUGUCCCCGAACGGAGGCAUGCCGGGAUCGGACAUUGUCAUCGGCUGGGUGAAGGAUGGACAAGCGUAUCUGACUGACCGUCAUGCAACGGAGAACUCGCUGCCCCCUGAGGACGAGAGCCAGGACUGGGAGCUUCUGUCUGGGUACGAGAACGACACCCACACCGUUCUCAGGUUCAAACGGAAGCUGCAGACAUGUGACGUCAGAGAUCGCGUCAUCAACAAAGACACGGUGCGUCUGGUUUGGGCGUGGAAUGAUGAAGACCCGGUCGAGGGCUCGGGACCAUCCGGACCGAGGUACCACGGUACCAACAGGGGUACCCGCAGUACCAUGUUGCUGAGGACUGAUGUACCGGAGACAACUCUGCCGGACAACGUACUGACGCACGACCUGACCAUGUCUAACUUUAUCAUUCCGGCAAAGCAGACGACCUACUGGUGUCAGAUAGUAGAGCUACCCAGAUUGGAUAGAAAACACCACCUGGUAAUGAUAAGUCCAAAGGUCACACCCGGAAACGAAGGCAUGGUUCAUCAUAUGGACUUCUACCUCUGCUACAAACCUCAAAACAUGACGGGACUCCCUCCCGACCACAACGGGCACGACUGUGCGGACCCCAACAUGCCCACAGACUGGAAUGACUGCUUCAUGGGCGGGAUGCUUGCUGCAUGGGCUAUUGGUGGGCUGAAUUUCACGAUGCCGGAACAUGUUGGUUACCCAAUUGGUGAGGAUGGCGGCAUAGGUUACGUGAUGAUGCAGCUCCACUAUGAUAACCCCCAACAGAAGGAAGGCGUGGUAGACCAUUCUGGAAUCACCAUACACUACACUCCCGAGCUGAGAGAGUAUGACGCCGGGAUCCUGCAGACAAGCGGAAGUUUUAGCCCGCUCCUGGUUGUGCCACCCGGACUACCGGACUACCUGGUGGAGUCCUACUGUGAACCAGAAUGCUUGAAUGCGUUCCUUGAAGAAUUGGGCCAGCCCAUCCAUGUCUUCGCAGACGUUUUGCACGGCCAUCUUCUCUCCGCCAAAAUGAGAACGAGGCUCAUCAGGAACGGGGUGGAACUGCCCGAAAUCGCCAGGGACGACAACUACGACUUUAACCUGCAGCUGACCAGGGUUCUGAAGGAGGAGGUGACCAUUCAUCAGGGUGACAUCAUUAUGACAGAGUGCGUGUACGACUCAAGUAACAGGAACAGUGUGACUUACGGAGGAUUGUCCACGGCUGAGGAGAUGUGUCAGAGUUUUCUGUACUACUACCCCAGGACGAACAUGACCGUAUGCUCCAGCACAGCACAUCCCAUGAAUACUCUCUCCUUCAUGGGUGUGGAGGGAAUUGACAAGUAA